CUCUAUCUCUCCCUGACUGUUGCUCUAUCGCUCUCUCUAUCUCUCCCUGACUGUUGCUCUAUCGCUCUCUAUAUCUCUCCUCUCUGCUGUGGUGUUUUGAGCCUUGGCUCAUGUUUGGUAAACUCAGAAGACUUAAAGAACCUCUGGUGAACAACGCUGUAUAUCAGGUUAAUGCUGCCUGAUCUGGGAGCAGAAGAAUGGCAGACCUUCACCCCAAGCGCCACCAAACAAGAUACGUUCACGUCUUCAGCUAUGACGGACUGUGAGCGAGGGACCUUAUGGAGCCGCAGCUGACUCCAGAGGGACGGGGACCGCCUCUCUCUCCAGGAAUGGCUCGACCGCCCGGCACAGUCUUUUCAAAACAAGGGUUACGUCAAGACCGCCCCGUGGCCUGGGACCCGGCCUCCUCCGAGCGGAUCCCAGUGGAGUGUGAUCAGAAUGGUCCAGCCGCCACGGCACUGGAGCCAGCACACGGUGUCCCGAUGCCGCAGCUGCAAGGAAGUGAAGUCAGCGAUGACGGCCAUUUGGAGUUAAUUGAACCGGCCCUUGUGGAAGUCGACCGGACGGCGGUCAUCCACGAGGGCGGUUCUUCUACACUCCAGCCGAACGCAGCACCGCCCCUUGUGGUUCUCUCUGAUGACCUGGGUCUUCUGUCGACAUUGUUUGGAUCAGAUGAGGAGCUUCCAAAGCCAGGUGUGGCUCCAGAAGGCCCAGAGGACGUGAUAAAGGGACGGCCGAACUCAACCACUACAGUCGAAGGAGGGAACCAGGACCAGUUCGGACCGUUGCUGAAGAGCGAUGUCUUCGGGGAUCUGACGCCAAAAGACACUCAGGCGUCGGUGCCACUUCCUCCCCAGGCCACGCCCCUAACGGCGACCGCACAGAACCACUCGGACACGGGUCCGAGGUUUAUAGAUCUGCCACGCAUUGUGAAACUCAAACCUAGCUCCAUAACCUUCUCGGAUUACCGCAGUCCAGACUACACCGAGUCGGAUUACAACCGUGCGGAGUACACCUGUAACUCCUGCAGGCCGGUCUUCUUCAACUUCAGCUCUGACGGAGGUGGAUCUUCACAGGAGGAGGAGAACAAUGACGAUGAUGAGGAAGAGGACGGGGAUGACGAUGAAGAUCAUGGGGAUGAGGAUGUCUUCCUUGACCACGGGGCUAGUCCGAGGUGUAGAGGGGCGGGCAGAGAGAGGCGCCGGAGGAAGCAGUCCAAGGAAGUGCCCAGCGGAGCCGGACGGCGUCCAGCGGAACGGAAGACCGAUUGUAACGGGUCUCCGUGGUGUGAGUCCAUGUCCCAGCUGAUGAAGAAACUCGACCAGCUCAACGUGGACAUCGAGGAGGCCCUGAGUGCUGGCUCCUCCCCCUCACACACGCCAGCACCUGCCCGCAGGAGACAGGUUGUCAAUACUGCUGGAUCGGGCGCUGGUGUCCGACGGGCCUCAGCCAAGACGGUCCUCGACAGGGCCGACCCAGAGGAGGGCCUGAGCCCAGACGGACCCCCCCGCUGUCGGCACGCACCGGCCGCACCCUCCAGAACCAGGUCCAGAAGGACCACGAUGUUUAGCAAGACGACCAGCGCUGGUUCAGAAAUCGAGGCGAAGGAAGCGUGUGAUUGGCUACGAGCGGCAGGGUUCCCUCAGUACGCUCAGCUUUUUGAGGACUCGCAGUUCCCGAUAGACAUCAGUCCAGUGAAGAGAGAUCAUGACUUCCUAGAGAAGGACCUGGUUGAACCCCUUUGCAGGCGUCUGAUCACCUUGAACAAGUGUGCCUCUAUGAAACUUGAUGUUAAUCUCCCAAGGAAAAAGAGUGAAGAUUCAGACGAGGAGGACGUGUUCGCCAUCAGCGACCGAUGGACCUUUGAGUGGACCAGCCGCAGGUGGUCCCGCCUCCAGGACAUAGACGGUUUCCUCGGCAACCAGGGGGAGGGGCUUCCCAACGGCGGGGGCGGGGCUCCCCUGAAGGCGGCCACCAGCAGCGAGAGCGUUCUGACCGACCUCAGCGAGCCCGAGGUGUCGUCGCUGCACAGCGAGAGCAGCGGCGGCAGCGCCCCGACCGGGGGGGGGCCCAGCACCGAGGACUCGGACGGCUCCAACCAGACGGGCUCCGACUCGGCCGCCAUGCCGGACCCCACCGCCGUCGGCCUGUCCCACAUCGCCAGGGACGGCACCGGCUACGGCUCCCUGCCCCGGAGGCACGCCCGGCUGGGACGCACGCGCGCCAAAGACUUCCUGAAGCGCAUGGAGACACUGCGGUCCCGGGGGGCUCUGACCGGCAGCCGCAAAACGCCGUCGAUAGGCGCCCCCGUUCUGCAGGACCCCCCGCCGGGGCUGACGAGCGUCCGAUGCGUGGAGAUCGUCGACGGGGAGAUGCCGCCGCCGUCGCCGCCGCCGCUGCCGCAUCCGCCGCCGCCGCCGCCUUCGGGGGUCCGGACGGCGACCUCCCAGUCGACCAGCGAGGGCAGCAGCUGCGCCUCCAGCGGCAGCGCGGCCAGCACCCCCAGCCUGAAGGAGCGCAAGGCCACGCGGGCGGACCACAAGCGCAGCGGCAUGUACCUGGAGGACCUGGACAUCUUCUCCUCGGCCGGCCAGGUGAAGAGGGUCGCCGAGCAGAACCGCCGCAACGAGUUCUGCUCCCACGAGGACCUGGUGGUCCACAUCCCCAAGGACCACAAGCCCGGGACCUUCCCCAAAGCCCUGUCCAUCGAGAGCCUGUCGCCCACCGUGAGCGCCGCCGCCGCGAUCCCCAACGGCAAAGUCGCCCCGACGAACUGGCACCAGGCGGGCGUCCGCCUCGUCUCCCCGGCGGCGGCGUUGGCGGCGCCCGCCCCCGGCACCAAGGAGCCGCGGCCCAUGACGCAGUGCUGCUCCCGGGGCAGCCGCAUCAGCGUGUACGACAACGUGCCCGGGUCCCACCUGUACGCCAGCACGGGGGACCUGAUCGACAUGGAGAAGGAGGACCUAUUCCCCCACCUGGACGACAUCCUGCUCCACGUCAACGGCCUGCAGCAGAUCGUGGACCGCUGGUCCCAGAACGUGCUCCCCGCGGCCGAGGCCAAGAGCCAGGGGGGCGUCCGGGGAGGAGGGGACGCCGGCUCGGGGCCGCAGUCCUCCGGGAGGAUCGCUCUGGACUUUGAGGCGGACGCGGCGACGGAGGGCCAGCGCACGCCCGGCAACGGAGAGCGGGACCAGGUGUCGCUGGCGGAGCUGGAGGGGAGCCGGGUCCGGGAGCGACGGGACUCCGGGGUCGGGGCGUCGCUGACCAGACCCAGACGGUUACGAUGGCCAAGCUUCCAGAUAGCCAAUCGGCUCAGCCUCUCGGUGGCGUCCCUGCAGAUCACCAACCAAUCAGCAGGCCAGCUGAGUCUGCUGCAGAAGUUCUCUCUGCUCCGCCUGACGGCCACCAUGGAGAAAUACUCCAUGUCCAACCGCCACGGCUGGACCUGGUCCGUGCCAAAGUUCAUGAAGCGGAUGAAGGUACCGGACUACAAGGACAAGAACGUGUUUGGGGUCCCCCUCAUCGUGCACGUGCAGCGGUCGGGUCAGCCGCUGCCCCUCAGCCUGCAGCAGGCCCUGCGGUACCUGAGGAGCCAGUGUCUCGACCAGGUGGGCUUGUUUCGUAAGUCGGGGGUGAAGUCUCGGAUCCAGGCUCUGCGGCAAAUGACCGAGAACUCCCCGGACAACGUCAACUACCAGGACCAGUCGGCCUACGACGUGGCCGACAUGGUGAAGCAGUUCUUCAGAGACCUCCCGGAACCGCUGCUGACCAGCAAGCUAGGGGAGACCUUCCUCCAUAUCUACCAGUAUGUCUCCAAGGACCAGCGGCUUCAGGCCGUUCAGGCGGCCAUCAUGCUGAUGUCGGACGAGAACCGCGAGGUGCUGCAGACGCUGCUCUGCUUCCUCAGCGAUGUCACUUCCUCCGUGGAGGAGAACCAGAUGACCCCCAUGAACAUCGCCGUGUGCCUGGCCCCCUCCCUCUUCCACCUCAACCUCCUGAAGAAGGACAACCUCUCCCCCCGGGCCUUGCAGAAGAAGUACGCCACGGGCCGACCGGACCAGAAGGACCUGAACGAGAACCUGGCGGCGACGCAGGGCCUCGCUCACAUGAUCACGGAGUGCAACCGUCUGUUCGAGAUCCCCCACGAGAUGGUCACCCAGUCCCGCAACUCGUACGUGGAGGCUGACCUCCACGCGCCCACCCUCAGCGAGCUCUGCCGGCUGCUGGAGGAGGACGACGGGUCCCUGCCCACCCACAUGGAGACGCGGCUGCAGAGCCUGCUCCGAGAGGCCCGCGAGAGGUCCAAGUACUGGGUCUCCUGCAGCAGCUCGGACAACACGGAGCUCUGCUACAAGAAGGUGGGCGACGGUAACCCGCUGCGUCGCUGGCGGGUGUCCGUGGAGGUGGAGGCCCCGCCCUCGGUGGUGCUGAACCGCGUGCUGCGUGAGCGCCACCUGUGGGACGUGGACCUCCUUCAGUGGAAGGUGACGGAGACGCUGGACAGACAGACGGAGGUGUUCCAGUACGUCCUCAACCGCAUGCCCCCCCACCCCAGCCGGGACUUUGUGGUGAUCAGGUCAUGGCGGACGGACCUCGCUAAAGGAGCGUGUUCGCUGGUGUCGGCGUCCGUGGAGCGAGAGGACAGCCCCCUGCUGGGGGGGGUCCGGGCGGUGGUGCUGGAGUCCGCCUACCUGCUGGAGCCCUGUGGCUCCGGGAAGUCCCGCCUCACGCACAUCUGCAGGGUGGACCUCAAAGGGCGGACUCCUGACUGGUACAACAAGGUGUUUGGUCACAUCUGCGCCGCCGAAGUCGCACGCAUCCGCAACUCCUUCCAGCCAAUCAUCGCCGACGGACCCGAGACCAAGAUCUGAGCUCCGUCCUAUCACGCGUCAGCCCCGGCUCAGUUCAGACCACAAAGGAUUCUGGAUCGGAGAGAAACCAGACGUCGGUCCGAGUCCGCACUAAAGCACAGUCUGUUAGUCGUUUGUAAGUCUAGUCGUUUGUUUGUUGUUGUUUGUUUUGGUCGACCCACCAGAGAGAACUUUUCUGGACUGUAUGGACUAAAGGAGGUUGUCUUGUCGGGGCUUGACCACACAACCCAAAGGGAAAAUAAAUGAAUCCUGCCAUCGUCUCCAGACCUAGGACCGUUCAUAUGUUCAUUCAUGUGUUCAUGUUGAUGAUGCUGUAUAAUAUAAUUAUAAUUGUCAUUAAUAAUAUUAUUGAUGCUGUAAUCUACAAUGUCUAGGACAUCUAGAAUCUGAAAGGCUUCUGGGAAGCGUAUGUAUUUUUAGUAAUUUCUAAUGUAUGCCAUACUUAAUAAUGUGUCAAAGAUUGUAUAUGUGUGAAUAAGAUGUACAUGCAAACAAAAUGUGUAUAUAUAUUAUAAUAUGUGAAAGGGUUAAUAUGGCAAUCAUAAUUUCCUAUAUAUUGAUUGUUGUGUUGUCUCUGCCUUCCUGUAAUAUGUAUUGGUACGAACUGUAUGAUGUUUAUACUGCAGUAUUGCUGUUUGGAAUGUCCGUAAUUUUAUUCAACUAAGACCUCUUUUUAUGGUUGGGAAAACAAUGACAUAAGGUUUGAUUUGAUCAUCCCUGCUUUAGAUUACUUGGCUGUUUUGUCAAGUACCAGAGCAUUUUUUUAAAUAAAUGUUUUAAAAUGUUUAAUUCUGUUAAUGUUGCGUCGAGCAUGCCAUCUAGCGGCAGAUAAGUGUAAUUACAAAACGUUUUUUGUCUUGUGGGGAAAUAUUGAUUUGUUUAAGAAAGAUUGGAAACCGAAAUACCCGUUAUUCGUGGAGGCCUACACUACGGUGUUCAAUUUGAAAUCGAGAAGGUCGUUUGGAAAUAUGUUCCAAGCACAUUUAACACCUAUUGCCCUGUCUAUAAAGGCAUUGCUUCUUAUAACACCUUCCACACAUUAAGACACUAUGACAACUAUGAGAGGAUAGAAAUUAGCCUGUUAA